AUGUCUUCACCAAACCAACAUUUCAAUGAUGCCAAUGGUUACAAGAUCCCUUUGUCUCAUAAUAAUGAUUACUCUAAUUGGAGUGAAGAUUUGGUGACCUCAGAAAUAAUUCCUCCUUCCUCUUCUGCAAUUUCUAAUUUAACUUCCAUUAGUCAAUUUUCAUUUUCAUCAUCAUCAGUAGUUGAAGAAACUAAAAAGAAAACUACUGGUGGUCAAAAGAGAAAGGUUGAAGGUAUAGAACAAAGACAAUCACAAAUAUCAAGAGAUAAAAAAAGAAAACAAAUGACUGAUUUAGAGGCACAGGACACAGUUCUUAAAGAAGAAAAUAUACAUUUAUCAAAAAGAUUAAAGACUGUAGAAGAAGAAAAAUCAGUUUUAUUAGCUAAAUUAGAUACAAUUUUAGAGCAAUUUGCAAAAAUUCGAUCGCAACUUUCUGUUUCCAAGAUGAAUAAAGUCUUAGUUGAUGAUGUUCACAGAUCAGCA